UGACACUGGUGUAAGGCGUUUAAAAACAUCCAUUAAACAAGCCGACCGGUCCCGGAGCAGUUCGGCGAUGUAAACGGGUAGACGGCUUGAAACGGCUUGAUUCGUCAGAGAUGUUGUCAUGGGUCGCGGCGCUGCUGACGGGAAUCCUCACCGCGCAUCUCGCCCAGCGCUGGUGUUUUCCGUACUUCUGGAAGGACGCGCUGUUUCUAAUGAGAGUCAUACGAUACGGAGCGCGCCUGGAAAUCUACAAAAGAAGAUCACAGAUCAUGACGGUCGUGGACAGGUUUGUUCAACAAGCCCAGCGCAUUCCCGAAAAAGCCUUUCUAAUUUACGAAGGGGUGACGUACACCUACGGAGAGCUCGAGGAGCGCAGCAACAGGGUGGCGCACGUGUUUCAAGACGCGGUGAAGAAGGGAGACACGGUCGCGCUUCUCAUGAGCAACGAGCCCGAUUUCAUCUCGGUGUGGUUCGGCUUCUGUAAACUGGGCUGUGCUGUGGCGUUUCUCAACACGAACAUCAAAUCCAGAUCACUGCUGCACUGUUUUAACUGCUGCGGGGCCAAAGUGCUGGUGGUCGGAGCAGAUCUUCUGGACACUUUAGAGGACAUUAUUCCCAGUCUUCAAGAGGACAGGAUCGCAGUUUGGUGUAUGACGCGAGAGGGCUCUCGUCCCGGCGUCCACAGCCUGCUGGAUAAGAUUGAGAACGCGUCACCGGAGCCCAUCCCAGCUGAGCGCAGGUCCGUCCGCUGCCUCAAAACCCCCACGCUGUACAUCUUCACUUCAGGAACAACAGGACUCCCCAAAGCUGCAGUCAUCACGCAUCUGCAGUCCCUGAAGGCAGCAGGGGGGUUUUGGGCGUACUGUGCCACAGGAAAUGAUGUCAUCUACACGCCGCUUCCUCUGUAUCAUAGUGCUGCUUCACUUGUAGGCAUUGGAGGGACCAUUGAACUGGGUGCCACCUGUGUCCUAAAGAAGAAGUUUUCAGCCUCUCAGUUUUGGCAUGACUGCAGGAAACACGACGUCACCAUAUUUCAGUAUAUAGGAGAGGUGUGCCGAUAUCUGUGCAAUCAGCCUAUGGCAGGUAAUGAGAAGGAUCACAGGGUGCGCAUGGGCGUCGGGAAUGGCCUCCGGCAGGACGUAUGGAGAGAGUUCCUCCGGCGCUUUGGGGAGAUCCGCAUGUGUGAGAUCUACGGCUCCACUGAAGGAAACCUGUGCUUCAUGAACCACAUUGGCAAGAUCGGAGCUGUCGGCCGCUCAAAUUUCUUUUACAAGGUGAUUUUUAAGUAUGAUCUGGUGAAGUAUGACCUGGUCAGAGAUGAGCCUGUGAGAGACCACAAUGGAUUCUGCCAGCAUGUUCAGAAAGGUGAGACGGGGCUGCUGCUGUCUAAGAUCAGCAGUCAGAGUCCUUUCUUUGGUUACGCGGGCAGCAAACAGCUGACGGAGAAGAAGAUCCUGAGAGACGUGUUUGUCAAAGGAGACACUUACUUCAACACUGGAGACCUGAUGGCUGAGGAUGAAGACAACUUCAUCUGCUUCAAAGACAGAGUGGGAGACACUUUCAGAUGGAAGGGUGAAAAUGUGGCGACCACUGAGGUGACAGAGAUCCUGGGACUGGUAGAUUUUAUUGAGGAAGCCAAUGUGUAUGGAGUCCAGGUGCCAGGAAAUGAGGGUCGAGCCGGAAUGGCUGCGGUGAUCGUGAGGCCCGAGUGCACAUUUGAUGGGAAGAAACUGUUCAAUCACGUCCUCAGAGAACUGCCUUCAUAUGCUCGACCUCUCUUCAUUAGACUGCAGGAGUCUAUGGAGAUGACGAGCACCUUCAAGCAGCAGAAAUUUGCUCUGGUGGAGAGCGGCUUCAAUCCCUCCAGCAUCAGCGAUCCGCUCUACUUCCUGGACUACACCGAGAAGAGCUACAUUCCCCUGACCUGCUCUGUCUAUGACAGCAUAGUUAACGGUCAGCAGAAAGUCUAGCCCGAGCCCUUUAAAACACCACCGUACCUUAGAGAAGUGAUUUAGCCGUCAGACGCUGAAGGACACGCUGGCUCAUUUGUAGCGCUGUAUAUUUGAUCAGAGUCUGCCGUGAAUUAUUGAUCACGUAAGUCUUUCAGACCUACAGACCGUGUCAUUUAGUGAAUAUAGAAUUAGUAGAUAUAAAAGAGGGUCACGGUGAUAUGCUCCGAGAGGAGAUGAGCAAACAGUCUGCUGUCGGACGUGCUGUCAUGUGUGCCGAGAUCAACGAAAUAAGAUCUGGGAAAUAUAGUCUAGUGAUUUUAAUACUGAAAUGAAUUGUUUGAGCGCUAUGAAGGAAACACUUUUAGUUUUGGUGUCUGCAAAGAUUGUGCUCAGCACAGACACCUGCUAUUCUGUUUUAAAGUGUACUUUCACAUAUGGCUUUAGUGUACGGCAUCAGUGCUUUAACCUCCUGCGACGCAACUCAAUCCCAGUCAAAUUUCAACUGUUACAGGUAGCAAACUGUAAGAGGACAUUCCAGUCUACAAAUCCGCACUUGCAAUCAUGUAAUGUCUUCCUGCUGAUUUAUGAAGACAGCCAACGUUCCGACAUCACGCCUGUCUGCUUGUAUGUAUUUGAUUUAUUUUAAUCAGUGUGUCAUAAAACGGUCCAUAUUUUGUAUAUGUUGAAGUGUAAUAUUAUAAUUGUGUAGUGCAUAUACACUUGCACUGUGAAUAUUUCAAAUACAUAGACUGAAGUCUGACUGUGACUCAAACUAUAUUUUUUCCUUUAAUUCUGAGCAUUAUAGAAAAUGAAGGCUUGCUUAUUUUUAUCUUUUGGUUUUUUAUUUUUAUUUCAUUUUUUUUUUUUAAACAGGGCACUUGAAACAUUUGA